AUGGGGGAUGAGACACACGAAGGUUUAGUGCCUCUUGUUGAAGACACAAAGGUGAAAUUGCUCUUUGAAACCGAGGCCUCACUCGGGCCUGAAGACAAAGCUGAUUACCCUGGGACCAACUCUAUCUACUCUGCGAUUCUGAGCAGAAAUGAGGCCGUCAAGGAUGCCAAGCGUCUUAAGACUUUUUUGGAACUGCGGGACAAAUAUGUGAAGAAAAAAGUGGUGUUUGAAGAUCCUCUGUUCCCUGCAAAUGACUCCUCACUCUUCUAUAGUCACAAGUCCUCCAUGAAGAUUGAGUGGAAACGUCCCUCGGAAAUAUGUGAAAACCCUCAGUUCAUCGUAGAUGGAGCCAACAGGACAGACAUCUGUCAAGGAGAAUUGGGUGACUGCUGGCUGCUGGCUGCCAUCGCCUGUCUGACAGUGAACGAGAAGCUGCUGUAUAGAGUAAUACCCCCGGAUCAGAGCUUCACGGAGAAUUACGCCGGCAUCUUUCACUUUCAGUUUUGGCGUUAUGGAGAGUGGAUCGAUGUGGUUGUGGAUGACCGCAUCCCAACCAACAACAACCAGCUGGUUUUCACCAAAUCCUUUAGGAAGAACGAGUUCUGGAGUGCUCUUCUGGAGAAGGCUUAUGCCAAGCUGCACGGGUCAUAUGAAGCACUGAAAGGUGGAAACACUUUGGAAGCCAUGGAGGAUUUCACAGGAGGGGUGACUGAGUUCUUUGAGCUAUCCGAGUCACCCGAAGAGCUCUACAAAAUUAUGACGAAGGCCCUGGAGAGAGGCUCACUGAUGGGCUGCUCCAUAGAUAUUCUUUCAGCCAGUGAAAUGGAGAGUCGGACUGAACAAGGGCUGGUCAGAGGACAUGCUUACUCCAUUAUAGGCCUGGCGGAGUGUGACGAGGUUGGAAAGGAGACGAAAAUCCGGCUGAUCCGCCUACGUAACCCCUGGGGUUGGGUGCUGUGGAAGGGACCAUGGAGUCCAACUUCAAAGGAAUGGUCGACUCUUUCCAUCGCAGACAGGGACAAUCUAAAGAAACAAACUGUUGAGACCAGUGAGUUCUGGAUGUGUUUUGAUGAUUUCAAGAAGAACUUUACGAAGCUGGAGAUGUGUAACCUGACCCCUGACAUACUGCAGGGUGAUGAGAGACACACCUGGACAGUGUCAGUCAAUGAGGGUCGCUGGGUGAGAGGAAGCUCUGCUGGCGGCUGCAGGAACUUCCCAGAAACAUUCUGGACCAACCCUCAGUAUCGGCUGCAGCUGUUUGAGGAGGAUGAUGACCCAGAGAACGGGCAGGUUGUCUGCACUUUCGUCGUGGCUCUGAUGCAGAAAGGUCGAAGGAUGCAGCGCCAUCAAGGGGCCAAAUUCCUCACUAUUGGAUUUUCAAUCUAUGAGGUGCCAAAAGAGAUGUGUGGACAGAAUCAACACCUACAGAAGGACUUCUUUUUGUACACAGCCUCCAAAGCUAAAUGCAAAACCUACAUUAAUCUACGGGAGGUUACGGAGCGUUUCCGUCUGCCUCCAGGGGAGUAUGUCAUCAUCCCCACAACCUUUCAGCAGCAUCAAGAGGGAGAGUUCAUCCUCCGGGUCUUCUCUGAGAAGCAUAGCACGUCUGAGGAGAGAGAGGGAGAGAACAUGAUUGGAUCUGACCAAAUUCAGCAAGACAAGACAAAGAAGGAUAAGCCUAUUGUAUUUGUGUCAGACAGAGCACGAGCCAACAAAGAAAUUGAGCAUGACGGCAUUCAGGGGGAAAAGAAGAAGAAACCAAAGCGAAAACUUCUUGAGCCUGAGGAGGAGACGGAGGAGGAAAAACAGUUCAGGGCCAUUUACCAAAAGAUUGCUGGUGAGGACAUGCAGAUCUGUGCCAAUGAACUCAAGACAGUCAUGAAGAAUGUACUCUCCAAACAUAAUGAAAUAAAGAGCGAGGGUUUCAGCCUUGAAACUUGUCGCAGUAUGAUCGCCCUGAUGGAUACUGAUGGGACGGGAAAGCUGAACCUGCAGGAGUUCAAACACUUGUGGAAAAAGAUCAAAGCAUGGCAGCUGAUCUUCAAACGUUAUGAUAAAAAUAAAUCCUGCUCCAUCAGUAGUUUUGAGAUGAGGAAUGCUGUUAAUGAAGCAGGCUUUCACCUUAACAACCAGUUAUACGACAUCAUAGCUAUGCGCUAUGCAGACGAGCACCUCAACAUUGAUUUUGACAGUUACAUCUGCUGUUUUGUGAGGCUAGAGGGAAUGUUCAGAGCAUUCAAUGCCUUUGACAAAGACGGAGAUGGAAUAAUCAAACUCAAUGUUCUUGAGUGGCUUCAGCUGACCAUGUAUUCUUGAGCCGCCCUCUUGAACACUGAUGGAGCUGCAGAAAGUUGGUGCUCACAUUACCGACUCAACUUCUUGGAGGCCGCUUAACUUUUUUCUUUUUAAGAAUUUUUGCACUGAUUUUACGACUACAACGAAAUCCAAGUCUUGAAGCACCAAUUACAGAUUUCAUGUUUUAUGCGGUUUUAUGUGAUGUUUACAUUUCUGUCCUUACUCAGGCUUUGAUGGUUGAGAUUUAAAGACAGUUUGGUUUUUAGCUUUUUUUAAGGCGGCUGACGCAAGUGAUGUAAUAUGUGUUCACUACUACAAAGCUAGAGAGUGUGAGUGAACAUUAUGGCAGACAAUUCUUUAGAUAAAAACUAAACAAGCUGUAUGUUUUCAAAUAAAGCAGAGGUGCAAACUGAAAA